CCUCAUUCUUCUAUCCCUCAGCUCUCUUUACCUUUCUCUCCACUCACACAGAGACGCAAUAAAAAGAAAAACCAAUUAACACAAAGGCAAAAUGGAGCAAAAAAAUAUUAUAUUUCUUCUUUCUCUUAUGGUUUUACUAAUUUCCUACACAACUUCAGCACGUCUUAUGCCUACAACUAAUCUUCAAGAGAAUAAGAAGAUUGAAUCUAAUGGUAUAGUCAAUCCAAUUUCCUCAUCACAAGUAGAAAACUUCAAUGAUCUCAUGGGAAUAGAAGAAUGUAAAGAAAAAGAUGAAGUUUGUUUCAAGAGAAGAAUGACUGCAGAGGCUCAUUUGGAUUAUAUUUAUACUCAAAACAAGCCAAAGCCUUGAAGGAGUAAUUUGUAAUUCUACAAACAGAAGAAUUAAUAAGCUUGUUUUUUUUUUCUUCUUGUUCUUCAGGAAGAUUAAUUAGUACUACUAAAAGAACUUUAAUUGUUAAACUGGAGUAUUCCGGUGGAUGCUGAGGCGGAGCCGGCACUUGAAACUUGUGGAUUUGGGGUUCUAAUUCUUUAAAAUUAUUAGGUUUUAAAUUAAUAAUUUGUACAUAUUUGAUAAAAAAUUUAAUAUAAAUAUAUGGUUCAAAUAAAAGUUACUGAGUUCGACUGAAUCCACGACCAAAGGGCUAGCUCUGCUCCCGCAACGUAUGUAUCAUAAGAUUGCAGUACUAUGCUUUUGUGAGCUAUAAAGAUAGUCAACAGUUUAAUUA